AUGGCCAAGGACAGGAGCGAAAAGAAGGACAAGAAGGAGAAGAGAAAGAGCGUCGACGCGAGCGGUGUCAAGAAGGAGAAGAAGGAGAAGCGCAAGAGCGACGCAACCGCCGUGCUCAACGCCAUUGAGGACGCUGCACCCGGCGCCGUCGCCGUCGAUGCCGAUGGCGAUGUAAUCGUUGAUGUUGACGAGUCGUCCGCUGCCGUUCCCCUCGGCGCUCUGAAGGUCCUGAAGACUGUCAAGAAGGCCGCAAAGCAAAAGUGCCUCAAGCGCGGUGUCAAAGAAGUCGUCAAGGCCGUCCGCAAAACCACACCCGCCGACCCUGCCACAGCCCAAGUCGCCGCUCCCGCCAUUGUCGUCCUCGCCGCCGACAUCAGCCCCAUGGACGUCAUCAGCCACAUCCCCGUCCUCUGCGAGGACCACAACAUCCCCUACGUCUUCCUGCCGUCGCGCGCCGAGCUGGGUGCCGCUGGCAGCACCAAGCGCCCCACUUCCGUCGUCAUGGUCACCCCCACCGCCGGCAAGAAGGGCGAGGAGAAGGAUGACGAGUGGGACGAGGCUUACAAGGAGCUCAACAAGUUGGUCGUCAAGCAGGGCCAGCACGUCAAGGUUUAG